GGCUUGCCCUUUGUCACCUUCUUUCUCCCUUCUAUCAUCUUAUCCGCCUUUCAAAUCCCAGCAAUCUUUCCCACCUUCGCCCUCCUCAUUCCUCCGCGCCCGCGGCGGCAUUUUCCUCCAACGCAAUGAUGGACAUGGACAUGAGCUCCACCACAACCAUGGCAAUGGCCAUGAGAACCAGCACAGCCACGAGCUCCAGCACAAUGAGCAUGUCAACCGACUCUUCCUCUUCUAUGUCAAUGUCCAUGACCAUGGUCUUCUUCACCUCGACCACCACACCCUUGUACUCCAACGCCUGGACACCCUCCACCACCGGGCAGUACGCGGGAACAUGCAUCUUUCUGAUUGCCCUGGCCGUCAUUCUCCGUCUUCUCCUCGCGCUAAAACCGAUAUUUGAGACACGUCUGUGGAAUGACGGGAUAUCGAGAUCCUGCCCCGAGCAUGGGCAUCGAAGAACCCGCUGGGCCAUCAACCCUGCCGCCGGCCGCGCCACGUUGGAGUUGGUGGUCGCCGGCGUGGGUUAUCUGCUGAUGCUGGCGGUCAUGACCAUGAAUGUAGGAUACUUCCUGUCGGUGCUCGCCGGUCUGUGGCUAGGGACAUUCGUUCUGGGGGGAUGGGCCAGUGAUACACUGUAUGCUCACCAUUGAGAUGGACACAAACACACAGGAUGAGAGAGACAUGGAAGAGAAAACAGAAUUGAAACCGCUUCGCAUUCCUUGUCACUGCCAUGACACGAUUAGCAGUAUCGCGUAGGAACCAAUUCGUGAAGGACACACUAUGGCCGGAAAGAAUUAUUCGACCCCCUCGGUAGGCCGACAUAAUGCUUUUCCCUGUGCAAUUAGAAAAUCAUCAUCAUCGCCCUUGCCCUUGGACUCGGGCAGCGAUGGUUCCAGACUAUCGGAUGGCAUUGGCCCGUUUAUUCGCUUUCUGGGUCGUGUCGCCACCGUCAUCAUCACGUUGGGCUCUGCAGAGGGUUGCCAUUGGAGCACGCAAGGAGCCUGGGUUUGAGAUUGAGCGACGACGCGCACAAAUUCACACAAGUAUCUCUCUACCGGGACAAGUGGUCAUGAGUUAGGUCAAUACCAUGCACACAAAAACAAAGACCGAUAAAGAUGCAUAGAAGAAGAUCUGCGCCACCAA